AUGAGUCAAACGGUGUCUAUCAACUCAAAAAAGGAAAACUAUAAUUCGAUUGAGGAUAGUGGUAGUACGCCAGGAGGUAGCAUGACAAUGACUCAAAAGGAACAGUUUAAUGCUGUCGAGAAAACGUUGCUGAGAAAGGUUGAUCUAAGAUUGAUUCCUUGGUUAUCUAUACUUUAUCUCUUGUUGAGUCUUGAUAGAAAUAAUAUUGGCAAUGCGCGUCUUGGCUCUUUGGAAAAAGAUUUGCAUUUAGUUGGAAAUGAUUAUUAUACUGCCUUGACCAUAUUCUUUGCAGGCUACGUCAUCUUUCAUAUCCCAUCCAAUUUGUUGGUUAAGCGACUACGACCAUCACGAUGGAUUUCGGGCACGAUGAUCUUGUGGGGUAUAUGCUCCUUCUGUCAAGCAUUUACCCACAACGCUGCAGGUUUGAUUGCCUGCCGGUUCUUUUUGGGUAUCUUUGAAACGGGUGUAGGACCAUCGACGCCAUUGUUUCUUUCCUUUUGGUAUCAGCGUAAUGAAUUGGCUACACGAGUUGCAAUCUAUUUUGGAUCAUCUACAGUUGCUGGUGCCUUUGCAGGUGCAGUAGCUUAUGGCGUCCUAAAGGAUCUGGACGGUGUUCAUGGAUUAGCAGGAUGGAGAUGGCUAUUCAUUGUCGAGUCUGUUCCAACCAUCGCCCUUGGCUUGCUCAGCUUUAUAGUGUUGCCUGAUAUGCCUGAAAAUGCGGGACGAUGGCUGACAAAAGAGGAAAAGGAAGUUGCCGUUCAAAGAACAAAGAAUAGUGGAAACGCAGAUCAUCAUGGGUUCGACAAGCAUCAGUUCAUAGCCGCCUUGAUAGAUUAUAAAGUUUGGUUAGCAGUUAUUAUUUAUAUUGGAUUAAAUAUCGCACUCGCCAGUUUUGCCAUCUUUCUUCCUACAAUUAUUCGUGAUAUGGGAUUCAGUUCACUUAAUGCACAACUAUUAUCCAUACCACCCUACGUUGCUGCUAGUAUCUUGGUGUUUAUCGUGUCUUGGAAUUCAGAUCGUACACUCCAGCGAGGAUACCACAUCAUUGGCGUUUGCUUUCUCGGUAUCCUUGGUUACAUUUUCUUACUAGCCAGUCUCAACGUCGGUCUGCGAUACACAGGAGCAAUUCUUGUCGCAUGCGGCAUCUACCCGAUCAUACCCCUCACUCUCUCCUGGGUUUCGAAUAACCAACUCGGCCACACUAAGCGAGGUGUAGCCAUCGCGAUGGUCAGUAUGAUCGCUCAGUGUUUUAGUAUGCUCGGGACUCAGAUCUAUCGAACCGAAGACGGCCCACGGUAUGUCAAGGGACAUAUCGUCUGUCUAGUAUUUUUGACCUUGGCAGCAUCUUCAGCAGCGCUCUUACGGUUCUUGUUGGAUAGAGAAAACAAGCAAAGGGAUCAAAUACAUGGCGUGCCUGAGACAACAGAUAUGUCCAGCUUAGAAAUAGACGGUGUUUAUGAUAAACACCCACAGUUUAGAUAUGCCUUAUAA